AUGGCCGCCGCCACCUGGCGCUACCGCGGGGACCCCGAGGCGGAUCAGCCGGCGGUGCUGGUGCGGUUCUCCAACGGCAGGCUGCGGCGGCCAGACGCUAUGCGGUUCACCGUUUACCGGAAUCGGGACACGGCCCAUCCCCGCAAGAAGCACCGGCGGAUCCUGGUCUCAGAAACUGAAAGACUUUCCUAUGUGGGGAAUAACUUCGGCACCGGGGUUCCGAAAUGUAACUCCCUGUGCAGGUAUUUUGUUGGUGUGUUGGACAAGGAGUCUGGGCAAAUGGAAGUGUAUAAUGCUGAAAUAUUCAACAUGCAGCCCUUGCUGUCAGAUAACUUAAUACCUGACGACACAAAGGAGUAUCAGAAUAAAUCAUACAGGGAGAAGAUGGAUUUGUGUAUUGAGGCCUUUGGUACCAGCAAACAGAAGCGGGCUCUGAGCUCUCGACGAAUGAAUGCAGUUGGCAAUGAUAUUCUGAAUACUGCUGUGACAAAAGCAGCAGCAAACAUCAUAGAUGCAAAGGGAGUAUCAGCUUUGAUCCAGGAUGUGGCCCAAGAUGAUGUACAGAACAUCUCCGUCUUCCUCCCACCUUGUAAUGAAGAUGCUGACAAACCAGAAAAUGUUUACAAGUUUGAGGACAUUCUGUCCCCAGCAGAGUAUGAAGCAUUGCGGGUUCCAGCAGCAGCCUUUGUUAACAUCACUCCAGAAGAAAUCACCAAGAAGACAGAAGAUAAAAGCCAUUGCUCCUUUGUUUUAGAGGAGCUGAAGUUCCUGCCUGAUGAUGAGAAGAGAAGAGAUCACAAAGCCCGAUGCCUCUGGUUCCUGGACACCCUCAUUAAGUUCAGCUGCCUGAAAGUGAUCAAGAAGAAGCAUCCAAUGGGUCCUGAAUGCCCACACAUUAUUAGUAGGAAACUCAUGAAGAAUUUCACUUCACUGACCUACAACGACGGCAGUGUCCAGAAUCUAGUGUCGGCAUCAAUGAAGGCUAAAAUCACAGCAUACGUCAUCGCAUUGGCUCUGCACAUUAACAACUUCCAAACAGACCUCACCAUCCUGCAGAAUGACAUGAAGCUCCAAGAAAGCAGGAUGAUGGACAUCGCAAAGGCCAUGCGAUUGAAGGUCUCCAAGGCAAAGGGGCUGCCGGGACUUGAGAAUGAUCAGAACCACAAGCUGGGCACUCUCUCUCUCCCCUUGCCUGUGCAGAAGGCAUCAGGGAACCAACGAAAGCGCAGGAAAAUGAAUUAAAAUGUCUGGGAAGUCUCAGCAAAAGCAAAACAGUUCAUUCCUCAGCUGCCGUUCUGCACACAGUCACGGGGAUGCUCUUGUCUGUUGGAUUUGGCUGUUGAGCACCACCUCUGGACCCUGCCGAAACCCUGUCUUGAGGCUAGACUGGAACAGAUGAUCACCUUAUUAAGCUGCUUCUUUUUUUUGUAUUUGUGUAGAAGAAAGCUAGAAUAAAACCUUUUUAUUUUUUCCUGCCUAUA